GAUUGUCUUCAUCCCGUUCUGACAAGUCUAUUCCGCGCCUCAGACGUUCACCCUUAUCGCUUGCACAUCUCUGUGUGUGUACUUCCUGUCUGUCACAGCGACUUCCGCAAACGGAUUGGCUUUUGUUGUAUAGUGACUGAAAGGGCGUGCGUUCAUGCACGAGCACUUCAAACCGCACUCGUCAGGAAAAAAGGGAGUGUCGGCGCAUAAAGCAACGCCAACCAUCCGCAAAGUUUGCAUCCAAGAAUACUCUGGGCAUCCCUGACUUCCUACUUUGUUAGAGGCUGCACGUCCACAUUCAGAAUGAGUUGCAUGGAGCAAGACGACGCUGGGAAGUUUCUUGAGAGGUUUCUGGAGGAGUUUCCAAACCCGCUUGGCACAGAGGACCCGCUUCCUGUCAGCCCAGUUAGUCGCAAAGUCACUAUGCAGGAGGUGAAGGGAGAGAGUCUGGAUCUUGGCCUCCGGCUGCUCUCAGCAAGAAAUGCCCCAUCUUGGCUGGGUGCAGCAAUGUGCAAUGCUGCUGUGACUGAACUGCUUAAAGAUGACCUUUCACCUCACUACUUCCCCCAAGAUCCUGAACAGCAACCAGAAGUUGAACAAGAAGUUGUUAUGUUGCAGUCUGAGCCAUUGCAGCGCCUCUUUAUUAAUAAAUUGAGAGAGGUGUGUUUGGCCUGGCAGAAACAGCUGCCCAGUCCCGGGUCGUCCUCAUUACAGACACACAGCUGCUCCGUUCACGCCAUUCGAAACACUCGCAGGAAGAUGGAGGAUCGUCACCUAAUCCUGAAAGAGUUUAACCAGCUUCUAGGACUGCAGGAUGGUGUGGAUCGAGAGUAUUACGCUGUGUUUGAUGGACAUGGAGGGGUGGACGCUGCCACAUACGCUGCCACUCACCUGCAUAUUGUACUGAGCCAGCAGGAGGCGCUAAAAAGCGAUGCGGCCACAGCCUUCAAAAGCACCUUCACACAAACAGAUGACAUGUUCAAGAUCAAAGCCAAGAGAGAGCGUCUGCGCAGCGGCAGCACUGGUGUGGCGGUCUUACUGACCUCUGACCGCCUGACCGUCUCCUGGCUGGGCGACUCUCAGGCUAUGCUGGUUCGACAGGGAGAACCAGUGACCCUAAUGGACCCACACAAACCUGAGAGAGAGGAUGAGAAGAAAAGAAUUGAGGAUCUGGGUGGAUGCAUUGCUUUCAUGGGUUGCUGGCGGGUAAAUGGUACCUACGCUGUUUCCAGAGCAAUAGGUGACUUUGAUCAGAAGCCGUACGUCUCUAACGAAGCUGACUGCUCCUCAAUCCAGCUGAACGGGCAUGAAGAUUACAUUCUGCUCGCUUGCGACGGCUUCUUUGACGUGGUUCGGCCUGGGGACGUCCCGGAGCUGGUCCUGGAGGCUCUGAGGGAGACCGGAGGCUCGGGGGACGACGUGGCCCAGACCCUGGUGGCCCAUGCUAAAGCUGCUGGAUCCAGUGACAACAUCACAGUUCUUCUGGUGUUCCUCAAGGAUCCGCAGCGACUUUUGACCCACGAGACGAGUUCCAGAGCAGAGCCAGAAGGAGCUACGGCUGCAGGGAUCUGAAAUAGGUUAAUAGCAAUAAAUUAUCCAAAUCAGAGGACCAAGAGCAUCUGAUGGUCUUUUAACCAUCUUGGAAUGCUUUUUAAAGAGUUGUGAAUUUGAGGAAAAAUACGUGAUUGUUGAGGUCAUCUAAAACAAGUCCAGUCAUGCAUUCAGAAGAAAGCACUGAACGCCAGAGAAAGGCGUUUCCUUGUUUUUUUGUUUUAAAGAAUGUCUGAUCCCGGGUCAUUUAUUAACUCUCUUUGUUGCUACGUUUGAACUUGCCUUCAUUUUUAAACAUGUUUCCAUCUUUUAACUAUUUGCCUUGUUUUUACCAGCUUAUAUUUACUGGUGCUUAAAGGGAACGUUCACCUAAAAAUAAAAAUUCUGUUAUGAAUUACUCACUCUCAUGUAAUUCGAAACCAGUAUUACUUUCGUUUUAUCCUUCUGUAGGACUUAAAAGAAGAUAUUUUGUUGGUGUAGGAGAAUGUUGGUAACUAAAAACAGUUUUGGUUUCCUGUUAAAAUGGAAGUCACUGGGAACCAAAACGGUUUAUUUAACAACAUACUUCAAAACGAAAGUCCCACAGGUUUGGAACAACAUAAUAAUAAUUCAUGACAGAAUUUUACAUUUUUGGAUGGACUAUCUCUAUAAUAUCUCAUAAAGAAUGUAAUACCGUAAAACAAAAGUGAUAAUUUCUCUAAGCAUACUUUGUUGGUUGCUCCCUAUUUGAUACGACUGUUACAAGGGAGAGAAAACCAACGUGAAUAGUCUUAACAAAUACAGUAUUGCGUUGCAUUUCGGACCAUGCCGGCUUCAAAAAUGAAAUAACCAACCGUAAGGCCUUCAGUGCUGUCAGCAGAUGUACUAAUCCAGUGUUGUAGGUGGUUAGUAUUUUUAAGACUGUUAUUUAUUUGACAAAAAAUAUUUAUGGCUGUACUGUACUGUGUAAACACGCUCUUUCAUGUGCCAAAACUGUAUUUACGAGUCUGACUUUGCCAAGAUCGUUUGUCUGUUGCUGCAGCUUUUCACAAAGCAGUUUUUCGAAAUGUAGAGUAGACCAUUAUUUAUGCGUAUCACUUCAUAUUCGUUCUGUUACAGUGCCUUUCACCCUCAAAUAUCAGUGUUAAUACUGGCGUGUGCGUGUUGGUGUUAUGUUAUCAUAGCCGGACUUUGCAAACCGCACGUCCUGCAUGAUGCAAGUCGUCUCGUGUUACGGCCGCUCAAUAUUUUGAAAGCCUCGUGACAAGUAGCUGAUAUAGUAGCACAGUCACUAUAAUGUGAUAAGGCCAAGAAUAUCGCUAACCUAAUGGAUACCGAACGAGGAAGGUGAAGACAGAGCGAUGAGAUGUUGAUUUGGUGUUUGUAUGAGGAAAACAUCUCAUUUGGUUUAGUCCAAUGCAUUCUAUAUUUGAAUAAAAGAGUGCAAAUGUUUAUCUUGUAAUGUAUGUAAUUAAGUAUAUUUAUAGUUUUCCACAAUGUACAGUGGCAUCUUAAAGUCUGAGUUCACAUUUGAACAUCUGGGAUUUAAAAUAUACACAGUAUUGUUGUUUGGUUUAGGAAAACUUUAUAUAAUUGUGACCCUGGAGCACAAAACUAGUCAUAAAGGCAAAUUUUUGAAAUUGACAUUUAUAUGUCAUCUAAAGGCUGAAUAAAUAAGCUUAGGAUAGGACAAUAUUUGGCCGAGAUACAACCGUUUGGAAUCUGGAAUCUGAGGGUGCAAACAAAAUCAAAACAUUGAGAAAAUCACCUUUAAAGUUGUCCAAAUAAAGUACUUAGCAAUGCAAUUUACUAAUCAGACAUUUUAUCAAGUUUUGAUAUAUUUACGGUAGGAAGUUUGGGAAGGCAUUAAAGAAAAAUGUAUAAUUUUGACUAAUACAAUAUAUUUUUGGCCACUGCUUCAAAUAUACCUGUGCUACUUAAGACUGGUUUUGUGGUCCAGGGUCACAAUUGUCUUCUAUUUUAAUGUAUUUUAAAAUGUCAUUUAUUUCUGUGAUGCGAAGCUGGGUUGUCAGCAUCAUUACUGAUUCAUUACUCAUUUUCAGUGUCACAUGAUCCUUCAGAAAUUAUUCUAAUAUGCUGAUUUGAUGUUCAAGAAAUAUCAACGUUGACUUCAGAUGUGCUGCUUAAUAUUUUUUGAAAACCAUGAUUUUGUAAUGAACAGCAUUCGUUAGAAUUUUUUGUAACAUUGUAAAAGUCGCUUUUGAUCUAUUUUGCAUUGCAGAAUACAAAUAAUAAUUUAUUAAAAAUUAAAUAUAAAUAAAUUUAAAAUAAAUUAAAAUCUUACUGACUCCCAAUUUUAAUUUAAUUUAAUUUUUUAAAAUUAGAAAUAUAAAAUUCUACUGAUGUAGAAGCAUUUUCACUGGUGGUCUCAGACUUUUGGAUCCCACUGUACAUUGCAAACAUGGUGUUAUUUCCCCUAAAUUAACAAACAUAAGAAUUGCUCAUCCAUUUUAGAAAAGGGGUGGUAAUUAUGCAUUAUGUAAUUGUUUUGUGUUUUUUUCCUGUUUCUAUCUGUUUUGUAAUUACCAAUGACUGUAAAAGCUAAAAACCUAUGCACAUCAUCAGCGAUGAUCUCAUGUAGUUCAUUAGAAAAUGGGAUGUGCCAGUGAUGGGAAUUUUGUGACAUCACCGUUGUGAAUUAUAGUUUUUCCCCAUUUUAAAUGCGCAAUGCCUUAUUUUUGCUCACAAUGCAAAUGCAUUCAUCAUUUACUCACCACCACCUUGUUUUUGAAAAAAAAAAAAAACUAUGAAUUUCUUCUGUGAAAAACAAAAGAAAACUGUUUUUUGGACCCCAUUAACUUUUUUAUGGACAAAAACAGAUAUUGUAAAACAGAUUUUUGGGUGAACUAUUCCUUUACGUUCACACUAGUGCCAAAUGACAUUGUUCAUUCAAAAUAGUGUUUUGCUCUUGUGUCUUCUAAUGCAUUUAUUGUGCUAAGUAUUAAAAGUUGGAUUUUUAAAGAGUUCAAGCACUGAACUGUAUCUGAGUUUUUGGUAGAGAUGAAAGAUCAUGAACGUAUGAGUCAGUAGAUUUUAUGCUGGUGUGAAUUUUUAUACACGUUUCAGCUGCAUUUUUUUCACAGGACGUUUUGUAAUUGUUGUUUUUUGUACUAAAAAGCGAACAUAAAUCAUGGGAACACAUGGGUGUAACAGCUCUCAACAGUACAUGAUAAAGUGCCUUAUCUUUAUGUACUUUUCAGAAUCAUCUUUGUACAGGCAACUUAACUGAUAAACCUGAGCUGACUCUUUUCAGACCUAAUUUUGCAUAUCAUUGACCUCUACUGCUGAUGUUGUGUGCAAGUUUUAUACUGGAUCAAAUAAUUCAAAUUCCACACUGAGUGAACAGUACUACAGUGAAUCUUGUACCUAAAUGUUCUCGCAUGUUGUAAUGUUUAUGUCUGACAACAUCUGAUAAACACAAAAUGAAUGUGA